CACGAGAAGUGAUACGUACGACAUAAGUAAAAGGGUCCUGCUCAUUUAUUUUACCUUCCAUUACCACCAGAGUCUAGUAGGAUGGAAGUACUGGCAGAACUGAGAUUGGCAAAGUGAAAAUUAAGCUGAAACAAGUUCAGUGCUUGGACUCGAGAAUGGGGAGGUGGUCCAUACUGAUAAAUGCCCGGUACCGGGGGUCUCAGAAGGUAGUUAUUGUGUGUGGGGCUAUGCUGGAUUAUUACGUUUCAUUAUGCCUCGUGUUUUAAAGUUUCCAGUGAUCAAUAUCCGUUUAGUCUGUCCAUUGACACUGUUGCUCGCCUCUUCAUGGUUCCUAUAUAGGUGGUCAUGUUGCUCACAGCUGGUGCUCCAGUAUCUGCUCGAAACACCGACAUACGAAGAGGUCAAGGCGGUCACCAGAGAUAUAUUGGAAUCAGUAUUAAAUGAAUUACGGCUUAAGUAUAACCUUCCUUCUAGAACGGGUAAAGCUCCUGCAACCCUGCUAGCUAACGUUUUGCGAGGGACAGUUUACGCUUGCCCAUCGACCGUCCAACUCGUCUUUCAUUGUCUGUCCAACUCUUUUCAUUCACUCAGUCGCUCUUUCCUUAGAAUGUUCUAUACCCGCAGACCACCAACUUUGUCUAUAAAUGAGUUGAAUCAAAUUAUCACCGAGUCUCUUGACAUAGAACGAUUCGAAAACCUCCCUGCAGAGACUAUCAUUCACCACGACUCACUCCCUUCGACUCCAGAAAAGCCAAAAUACUCGACAUUCUACCGCUUAUUUUCUCGCUCGUCGACACAUCUACCUGUCAUUCCGCAUUCACCCACAAUACAGGUAGACGAGCCUGUUACACCGAGUCCUCGCAAGAUGGCAUUCACUUGGCGUUUACCGCGUUUAUCGCCCCAGAGGUCUCGUUCAGCUAAAGAUAAUGCGCCGGAAGGCGUCGCAAGUGUCCCUGUGGGCCCAUCGAAUCGUUCUCGCUCGUCGUCUGUUACUUCUGCCGUGCCAUCACCUUCAAGACCAUUGACUAGCAUGUCGUCCACCUCUAGUCUUGGUUCGGUGAUACCUACAUCUGAGCGUUUCCUUAAGCAUGACACAGAAGAAAUUGUAUGCACGGAAGCAGGAAAUGUGGCCACCAGUACGAGGAGGUCCCCUUCACCAUCUCCAGUUGCCAUAGCACAUUCUCGGCUUUUUCCGACACAAAUGGCCUACUUUCCACCCGCGCCACGUUCACCGCUGCAGCUCCUGUUUGGUAACAAAUCAUUGAGCAUCGUCCCUACCACAGGUGGAGGAGCAAUGUCGAGUGCAGAUGUCGUGGAAAAGAGGUCGGACACUUCAGUAGCUGAAUGCACAGACGUCGAAUCUAUCGAUGAUGACAUCACACCUCGAGCGACUGAAUUUACUAUUCCACCGCACAGACGUAGUGACAGUACCGUUCAGGCCAAACAAAGACGACGGCCCUCCGCGUUGACAUUGGUUCUUCCUCCACAAGAGACUACAUCCCUCUGCCUUCGACCAGCAAUCGGGGUAUCUCCCCAUGUACCCUCUGAUACCGAUGGUUCCGUUUCCACGUGCUCCCUCCCAUCUCCUACAUUGUCCAUACCCACGUCAUGCCAGCCUUCAUCUUACGUUUCUUCUGUCUUAUCUAGCGCACUUGCGUCGUCUACCUCCAGCAUACAAUCACCUACCUCAACGACAUCUUGUUUUCCCUGGUCUCGUGCACGGGCCGGUUCCCGUUCCAUGCAAACCCCGCCAUUGCCGGGACCUCCACCUAGUUGCCCCCUUCCUCCAACACCCGCUUUGGCGGCGCAAAAUCCAGAUUUUCUCACGCCACAGAACAUGCAAGUCCCUCUUCCGACAGUGAACCCCAGUCCCUCGAAACAUAUUCGUACUUCUGUGCUUACUGGUUCACCUUCGGGCACACUUGCAUGUCUUCCUCCUCCCUCUCCUGGAAGUUUGCGACUUCCUUCUCGUUUGAGCUGGGGCGCUACCGGACGCAUGGUGGUUCCACUGCCGUCUAGUCUACCUAGCCCCCCUUCCUCCCCUUCAAAAAAAGGGAGAAAUAGAGAACUUUCUUCGUGUUCCUCGACCGCAGACCAGAAGAACGGCUUGUCCAAUGCUACAUCUACGCUGGGCAAGCGUGCAAGUAUUGGGGUAUUAGAGGCCGCCAGUGACUUAGAAGCUCGAGUACGGCGCACAAAGAGCAUUCUCGUACUAGGUACCCGGCGUUCAAAGGGAACGCUCAGUUGUCCCAGUUCGCCUCCAAAACGGGUGCAGAUCCAUGCUGAGGCGAACCUCGAUACAGAGAGUUCGCCGAAGAAACCGAUGAGGAGGAAAUCGAGUGCUGCUUGCAGCGUACCAUUUCUCACGGUUCCGCGGGAGCGAAGAAGAUCUGCUCCGCUACUGCGAAGCGGAGCCACGUCUAAGUCUACGCCUACCUCUCCUGCAUGUGCAGACUGGACAUUGUCGCUGCCUUUCUGCAUUGACGUACCUGGGAGUGGCAUAUUUGUGCCAACUCCUCCGUCAGAGGAUGGCGCCCUUCAUGAAGCUGAUGAAGCCCUGCAAAUAGCGCAAGGGGAUGAUUGGACUCUUUCCCUCGGUGUAGAUCGCCAGAUGGUUGGGGAAGGGGUGGCGACCCAUAGUACACAGAUCAAGAACAACGCAGAAGAACAAUGUUCUGUUACUACACAGCUCCCUACGCCAAGUGCCACACCUGAGCCCGAGGACGACAUUCCACCACUACCUCUACCAGCUUUCUUCGAGCCUUUCCCCCGGCCAGAUUCUCCCGCGAGCCUCGGUCCUCACGGUGGCGGGCUUGAUCUCGAUGGAGGAUGUGGGAAGCGAGGUUCUGGUUGGGACGCGUGCGGGUGGUUUGGACCCAGUAGCAUGGAUGAAUCUCCAAAAGCGGAUACGAGACCUGUUUCUAUGUUCGACUCGGAAGCAUCGUGGGUUCGCCGGAGUAGCGACACUGAUGCUCCGCGGAGGAGUGAUGUUGGUUUUGUUCGAAAUAGCCACAGAUUGUGGGUACGCUCCCCGAGUAUGGAUAGCAUGGCGACAACUUGCACUGCGGACACCGUUUUUUACAGCGCUCGCACCAGUGUAUUUGUCAUAUGAUGGUUUCGUUGGACGCUUCAAUUGAUGUCCCAGUGACUUCCUCUCUGUGUAUCCUUCCCAAAAGUACCUCUCCACAACUAAUCUCUCCGCCAAGUCUCCGAACCGUGAACGCCCCAGCAUUAAAGUUCCCAACCGCAUCUAACCCCCGUAGAUCUCUGUAUCUUAUAUGCAUCUCUCGCUCAUGGUGAUAUAUCUCAGGGUACUGUUGUACCUACUGUAUAAUAUUCACGAACGCCGUGCUGUCGAAUGAUUCGGAAGAGUAGUAUAUCUUAUAUCUAUUACAUACUUCUUUAAAGACGUAGAAUAUCCCUUAAAUAUGAAUCGCAGCGCGUUACUUUACACCAGUUUCUGCAGAGGUCUGGUACACUUGCAAAGGUAAUGAUCAUCAUCCCUAGUUCAACG